UGAGGGCAGCAGCUGAGGUGGUUCAAAACGUUGACAUGAAAGCAGGAAAACAUCAAUUAGAAAAAGAGACGAUGGUUUUUAAGGGGCUUGAACUUUUAGUGUGAAAGUAAAGCCAUUCUUAAAACAAAAACAGAGCAGAAAAAGUUGGCUUCAGCAGUGGAGAGAGACAGAGAGAGAGAGAGAGAGAGAGAGAGAGAGCUGUCCAGGGUGCUGAAUGUCAGUUCAAACUAACACCACAGAGGUGUCAGUGUCACAGUCGCUCACCUGUGUGUGUGCUGUAAACACAUUUUGUUCACACUCUUGUGAAUUUAGUGCCGUAACUGAGAACAUUUCGAAACAACAAAUCAGACUCAGGAUUCUUUUUUCUUCCCGCUCCGUCUGCAACCAUGAACCUUCUUCCAGCUCAGGAGGCAGCCAAGAUCUACCACACUAACUACGUGAGAAACUCCAGAGCCAUCGGCGUCAUGUGGGCAGUGUUUACCAUCUGCUUCGUCAUUAUCACGGUGGUGGUCUUCAUCCAGCCUUUCUGGAUCGGGGACAGCGUCAACACCCCGCAGGCCGGAUACUUCGGCCUGUUCCACUACUGCAUCGGGAACGCGCUGACCUCCGAGCUGGUGUGUAAGGGCAGCGCUCUGGACUUUGGCUCCAUCCCCUCACCUGCCUUCAGGACGGCCAUGUUCUUCGUUGGAACAUCCAUGCUGCUGAUCGUCGGAACCAUGGUCUGCUUCAGUCUGUUCUUCUUUUGCAACGCGGGGAAUGUUUACAAGAUCUGCGCGUGGAUGCAACUGGCCUCAGCCGUCUUGAUGGUAAUGGGCUGCAUGAUCUACCCAGACGGCUGGGACUCAGAGGAGGUGAAGAGGAUGUGCGGUCAGAGGACGGAUAAGUACUCCCUGGGGAACUGCACGGUGCGCUGGGCCUACAUCCUGGCCAUCAUUAGCAUUCUGGACGCUCUACUUCUGGCUUUUCUGUCCUUCACUCUGGGCAACCGACAGGACAAACUGCUGCCGGAUGACUUUGAGGUGGAGGGAGCAGGACAGGGUUAAUGUGGGGAAGGAGCAGAACAGAGGAGGGGAUUAAACUGUCUCUGUUCAUGGACUUCAGCUUUUACUGUUUUCCUACUUGUCAUAUUUCAUGCGUCCCAGUUGAACCUGAGCGUCAGAGUCAGUGAGUUCACUCAGCAGCUUAACUUUGAAAGAACAUUCUGAAUUAUUCAUCUGAUCCACCUCAGGUUGAUUCAGUGGCUAAAAUACAUAUUUGAUCAUCACUAACUCAUCAGCCAUUGUCAUUCAUCAAGAGGUCAGGGACAUUUAUUAUUUUACCUAUUUUUUUAGCAUUUUCAGAACACGUAAUUGGAUUACUUUUUGGCACUUUUGCCUACUCUCUAUAUUUAUAGGGUCCUAAAUAGACAGUAGAGCCAUAUUUUCACAAAAUGAUGUUGAUGGAUAGUAUGACAA